CAGGUGGUAUUGUUGAGAUAAAAAGUACUGUUGAGGUAAAGAAUUUUGUUGAGGUAAGAGGUUUUGUUGAGGCAGAAGGUCUUGUUGAGGCAGAAGAACUUAUUGAGAUAAGAGAAUUUGUUGAGGCAAGAGAACUUGUUAAGAUAGAAGAUCUUGUUAGAAUAAAAAAUAUUGUUAAAACAAAAGUUUUAUUAAAUUAA